AUGUUGGUACGAGAAGGAUACGGAAGACGUAGCACCCACGGAUUACGUAGGAAUAAAGUCAACGAAGCCUUCAAGAAAGCAGGAAUCAAUGGAUUAAUCAUCUCAGUUAUCAUUACUACAAGAAGCGGCAAUUUUAUACCAAUCAUUAACAACCCUUUCAAUAUACAAUUCCUGAUGGAAAAGAAGGAAAUCUGGGAUUGUCUAUAA